AUGUCCGACCAGAGGAGAGUCAAUUUCCGGGAGUCGCCGCUGUCCAGCGCCACCUCGUCUCGCUAUGCCAGCGAUUCGGGCGCUGGAUCGAUCAGCGACUUCCCUGGCAGCAGUGCCGCCGGCGUCGGCAGCAAUGCCAGCAGCCGCUAUUCCAACUCGGACCGGACGACUUUUGCCGGACAUGGCCAUGCGGUCCAGCCCCAGUGGCACGACUUUGCCACUUUAGAAAAGGCUUAUGAAGGAGCUACUACUUCCAAGGACCAGUGGAAGCGUCGUGCUAAGGAUCUGGAAGCGGAUGUCCACCAGCUGGAGAAGGAGUUGAAGGAUGCCGAGACGGAAGUGAAGGAUGUCGAGGCGCAACUGAAGGAUGUCGAGACGCAACUGAAGGAUUCCGAGGCGCAACUGAAGGUGUCCGAGGCCAAGCGGCACGAGACCGUCAGCCAGCUCAAGCAGCAGGCCGAAGACGAGAGAAAGCAGUUUGAGGACAAGAUCAAGAAGUUGGAGGAAGAGAACCGGAAGCUGUCGCGGGAUGCCAAGGCCGCUGCCGAGACGUCUGCCGAGCGGAUCGAUGAGCUCGAGGACGAAGUCGGCACCCUGCGCCAGAACCUGGCCGAGGCCAAUGCCCGCUGCAACGAGCUGCAGUGCAAUCUGAACGUGGCGCCUCCCUUUGCCGGCGGUGCAAGCCCGGGCAACGGCGGGGCGACGGAGACGAAUGGAGGAGGCCGAACUCCGGACAAGAAGGCCUCAUCCGGGUCGGCUGCAAAGACUGGCAGCGGCUCGGGAUCGCGCGAAAGCAAGCGGACGUCGUCAAUCAAAGGGCCUAGCAGCACCACCAGCACCGUCAAGCUGUCGCGGUCCAACAGCAAGCAUGACAGUGCCAAGGACAAUGCCAAGGAGCAGAAGAAGCGGCUGUCGCAGCGCUUCGACCCCAGGGACGAGAACGGCAGCGGCAACGGCUCCAAGAGCGGCGACAGCAACGCGUCCUCCUCGUCGGCGACCUCCUCGUCGUCUCACCGACACCAUGUCAGCGGCAGCAUCGGUGCCAACGGCAGCAACAACACCGUCGUCGCCAGCACCAACAACGCGAACGGCAACAACCACCACAGCAGCCGCCAGGGCAGCAACGGAAGCAACGGUAGCAACGGCAGCAUCGAGAACGGCGGGCCUCGUCAGCCGCGUGCCCGUCGGGCGAGCUACGUUGAGCCCUUUGGGCCCGGCGGCCAUUCGCGUCCCAACAUCUUGAUGGCGGCUACGGCUGGCUCUGCCGUCAAAGCGGCUCCGCGUGCUGGUCCUCCCAUGAUGUCGGGGCCCGGGGCCAUUGCUGGCGCUGUGUUCCCAGCAUACACGGCACCGCAGCCGUACUUCCCACCCCAGCAGAACACUCUAGUCACGCCUCGCGGGGACCUCAAGAUGAUCGACGGCAUCCGGCCGACCGUCAUGAUCUACGACGAUUCUGUCGGCGACUACCCCUUCCAGGGCGACAACUACUACCCGCCUCGGCCACGCCACCCUCGGUAG